AUGAUGGUGGAUCUUCCAGCAGCCUUGGGGAAUAUCCUACAAUCCCUGCAUGAUUCCGUGAUCCUCGCAAAGGUCUUAGGGCGUGUGCUCCUGUUGCCCCCCUUUCUGGGGGACCAACCUGCCAUUGAUCUUCUUCACUUAGCGGAGGCUUUUGGCAUCGACAUCAUCGUCGCAAAGGCGUUCGGCUCAAACUCGCCCUUUGCGUGUUUGUGCCCGAGGCUACAGCGUCGGCAGAGGGCGCUUGCCAGAGAGCGCUGGCACCUGCAUUGCAUUGGUGCUGUGCGCCUCAGCCGCAGCCAAUUGUUGAAGCUGGCCACUACGCUACGGGCGCAUCAUUUGAGAGACCCGGUCCUGAUCCAAAAAAUCCUCAUGGCAGCACAGGAAUUCCCCAUUCGAACCAGCCAAAGUCGCCACGCGCCUAUGCUGGGGAUUCAGAGUGGGAUUGGAAUCAAUCGCAGGGACAAACAGAUCGUGGUCGGACAUCGCAAAGAGGCUCCGGUUGCCCCCACAACCCAGUUAGGCGCUACAGACACAGACGAUGUCGAGCUCAUUCUGGCUGUGAAGGAGCAAUACCCGGACAUAUCCAAGGCACCAUCCAGAAUACAAUCGGCGGUAGCCAAAGCAGAGAAGAAGAAGGUGAAGCAGUUGCAAACCGGCUUGCAAAAAACCUCCAAAGAAGUGGGGAUUGCUGGGAAAGAACUUCAAGCAUUGCGAGAAGCUCAAAGCAAGCAUCGAGAAAGGUGGAUCAAGCACCUUCAAGAAUCGGUGCAGAGCUGGGAGCAACAGUUGAAGUUGUACACGGAGCAGCAAGCCAACUACAACAACCUCAUCAAGAAGGCGACGCAGGAGCUCAACACUGCGAGACAGACACUGGAGGUCCUGAACAAAAAAGCCGCUGGAAGCGAAGAGAUAGACGAAGUAGAUGCAGAUGCAGAAGAUCAGAAAACGGUAGACGCCGAAGCCCAGGCAUUGGUGCAGCAGGUGCAGACGAUCCUGCAAUCCUGCGCCAAAGUCGUCGCCAAGGAGGAGACGAUGGAAAUCUCCGACUCAGAGGAGGCUGUGCCACCUGGACAGCCGGCAAAGCGCCAGCGCUCUCUAGACACGUUUGCAGCCCUUGGUCGUGCAUUGUUGCUGCAAGGGGAGGUUGACUGCAUUUCUGGAACCGGAUUUCUGACAACUGAACCAAUCCGAGAAGUUUGCAAUGAUGAGGAUGUUCUUGACAUUGUGACUUUGAUGGCGCGAGCCCCUAGAAGACAUGAUGUCUCUGGAAGCUCAGCUGAUGAAAAUUUGGACUCUGAUGUGGAAACGCACACACCCACCUCGCCGGCCUCCUAUGGAGGAGAGCGCAUGUGGCGGUCAGUGCAGAUUUAUGACAUGCGUGCCAAUCACGCACGAGGUCGAACACAGGUCCAUCCACCGGAAGCCUUCUUUGCUGAAGCACGCCGCCUUCUGGGAUACACACACCACGAAGUCGCCAACAUUUUUGACAUCAAUCCAGCGCCGCAAGAUUUGAGUGCUGUUCAUGUCAGCCCUCUACUUCUUAUUCGUCAUGAUGACAUUCCCUUUGGCGACAACAGACGAGCAGUGCUCAUUGAUGUGGAGUUGCAUGGGCCUGAUCCUAACUCACUCAUUGAGAUUGAUCGGUAUACCAUUUUCAUCACUACGCCCACUCACAGAAGUCAUUUGCUGAAAAUUGCAGGGGUCACUCCUUACUGCACGCUCCAGCAUGAUCGGUGUCUUGUUUGGAGGAGAGGUUCACUUCUGCCAUUUCAGCAUCAUGGGCUUGUUGACCUGCAUCAUGGAGACUAUAUCCGCAUUGCAGUACCUCCUUUUCAGCAGCCUGACAUCCCAACACAUUUUGCCAUACGAGCGUGUCAAGCGGGCCUCACUCGAGCGCAACUUGUGCAUCAUUUUCAAACACAUGGAGGCGACGAUGACAGCUUCCACACAGUUGUGACCAAUGAGCAGGAUGAUGAGCAUAUUGCUGAUCACAACAGCCUUUUGCAAGCUGGGUUCCGAACAAUUCCUGCCUUUCUUCAAGGUGAUUCUAUCUCUACUGCAACAAUUAGUAAGCCUGAUGGAAAGUUGCAAUGUAGCUUCACGGAAGAGUUUUUGCAAGCCAUUCAGAUUCGCAGUCAGAUGCUUGAAACACCUGUGAAUGAGGAGCAGUUAGAAGAUGUUGCUUCACAGUCCCUGUUUGUUCAACAGCUGCAUGAGAUUUGGCAAAUUGCGGUGGCCUCCACCCCUUUUGACGAUGAACCUUCUCUGAAGAUUGAAAGUUGGUAUACAGAUCAUUACCGUUACCAAAGAUGUCACUUCACUAGAAUUGUUCGUCUGGGUCCUGACCACAGCACAUGGGAACAGCAGUUGAAAUGGGAAUGGAUUGACUACAUUGAUACCCAUCAUGAGGUUCUUUUCUUUGUGGUUCAUCCUCUUCCAGAGGACUCUGACGCUAGUGCUCUUGCGCAAGUCAUUUUGGUACAGAACCCUCAUGAAUUCCAGAGGUCCAUUGUGCUUUCCAUUUAUGAUGCAGCUUACGACAACGGCCAUCCCCAUUCACAUGCGGUUGUUGUCACCGAUCGAGUCAGCCUACAAACUGCCAUUUCCAUUGCGGAAUUUCAAGACCACUGUCCACCAGAGGCCUUGCAAAAUAUCUGCACGCUCAGAUAUGGCAAUUAUGAGGUCACUGAUCAACAACCCAUGGCUGUGAGACAUGGUUCGGCUUUGCGUCUUUUCAUUAACAGGCCAAUUGAGAUUGAUGUGACAGCCUUGCAAACCAUUGAUGACACUAGCUUGCGUUCAACUUUGCAUGCAGCACUCCAAGAUGCUUCCAGCUUUGUUGAUUGGACACUUGACUCUGAUGGAGACACCGUUCCGCCUGAUGCACCUGCAGAGACUGCUGAGCCCUGGAGACCAGACUGGUAUCACCGCCUCAGUGACGCCUUUGACCUAGCCAGCCUGACGGAAAGAGCGUCAGAAGGACCAAUUGCCUAUAUUGACACUUGGUACCUUAAUGGCCAGUUUGCUUUGCAGUGCCUUCACCCCCGCAGAGUGCGACUGCGGUCAACACGUAAUGCUUGGGAGCGUUCCAUUUGUGAUGCUUGGCUCGACCACACUGAUCGACGUUAUCCAUUUGCCCUGCAUUUUGUUGAUCCACAGCCGCCUGCUUCUGAUAACAAUGUGAUUGGACACUUGAUUGUAGUGCAAUUGCCUAAUCCCAAUUCAGCUGCCAUUUUGAUUUCUGCUGCUCUGCCUGAUUUGUGUGGAGAUCAGUAUCAGCACUUGGCAGUUUACACGAGAGAUCAACUUUCACAUGCCUCUGCCAUUGGGAUUGCCUUACCGCCGGCCAUCUCAGUUGGACAUGACAUCACUGUCAGAAGGGGACGACUCCUCUUUCCUGCUGAGGGAGCACCUCGCAUUGGUGAUGGAGACAACAUUGUCAUUGAGGGUUCGCCUUGCAACAUCACUGAAGAUGAGGAUGACCCCUCCUUGCUGCAGUUGUCAUUGACACCCUCUUUGGAGAUUGAUGCAGCUUUGUCUGAUUUCAGGCAUUUCACUCACAUUCCGGCAUUCUUGCAAGACUUGCCCAAGCUACAAUGUAAGAUUGAUGGAGACAGCAGUGAGCCACCAGUUUUUGAAAGAGAGGUCGAUCCCACGCAUCAUCCAGCGACUGCUUUUGACCCUAGACGUCUGCCUACAGGGCUCAAUGAUCUUUUUGAGCAGUUUCAGACUGAUGCGGCCACUGCCCUGGAAGAGGAAGGCCCUAUUGGCUAUGUUGAUACUUGGUUUCUUCACGGCACUCAAGCCUAUGUCACGGAACAUUCCAGAGUCCUGAGGCUUGACAGAUUUGCGGCAGAAUUGGAAGCUGCUCUUCGAGAUCUUUGGUCUGACUUGAUUGAUCGAACACAGCCCGUGCGCUUUCACUGGGUCACACCUGUUCCUCUUGAAGUACCAGCACGUGCUCGCAUUGGACAUCUGCUUCUCACUCAGAAUGUGCCACCUGCGCUCACACCUGUUCAUAUUUCAAUCAGAUUUGAAGGCAGGCGACGCACUGCUCUCAACUUUGCAGCUGCACUGUUAGAGACGCCUGUUAGAUUUCUUCCUACCAGAGACCUGCUACAGCUUGCACGUCUUUGUCUUAGCCGCAGAUGCCUUCUCCGUUUUCGAGAAGUAGUUUGGCAACUCACCACAGCCAUCAAUGUUCCUGCAGGGGCAGGACUUGAAUUCCUGCUGGAUCUCCCAAGUGAUAGACUGGGUGAUGACCAUGUGGUUGAACCACAACCCUUGCCGGUUGAGACUGAGCAUGUGGAACCGCUGCCACCAGCGCACCCGCCACUUCAUGCCCAACCCAGAUCCAUCCAAGAGUUGCACGACCUCUGGCUUGAUCGAGCCAUUGAUGGCCCAGCCGGGUUGGAACAGCUUCUCAUUGUAGAGACCUGGUACGUUGAAGGGGGGUAUAUUCGCCACAAUGAUGAGCAGCGAGAUGUCAUCCUCGGUGAGGAUUACUGGGAAUGGGAGCCGGCGCUGCAGCGACGAUGGGCCGAUAUGAUCAACCCUGAUCAACCUGUGGACUAUACCAUUGUUGCUCCUACUCCACCAACUGCUGCCACUCCCAUCGAGAUCCACAUCAUUCUCUACCAGCAAGUCCGAGAUUUUGAUUGUCCCAACCUUGUCACCACCUAUGAUAAUGGAGUUCUCAGAGGGAAACCCUAUACGGCAGCCAUGAUUCUUCCUCGAGCUGUGCGCCGGGAAGACAUUAUCAUGUGUACUGGCAAGACCUUUUUCUGCCCCCCACAUUUGCCCACAGCAGUUUGCACUUGCUGGCAUGGUGGGACAGAGUUGCUGCCUUUACAACGCUUCCCAAACCAGAGAGGUAAUUCCUUUUUGCUCAUUGUCAAUCGGCAUUUGCCUUCUGACCUUUGGGAGGAUAAGUCCGAUGAAGAUCUUCCUCAUGAUGAAACGGCAGCAUCGAGCUUCCUUCAGCUUUCCGCUGCGAUCACCACUGCAGGUUUUGAGGAGCGCCUAACAGCUGGUUCGGUGGCUCAUGUCCAGCGGCCCUCUGACCCAAGUCCUUCUGGUCCUGACAAGACAGGUCAGAAAGUAGACUUUCAUGAACCUAUCCAGAGAUUUGAAGUCUUCGACUCACACUUCUUCCUGGCUGACUUUGCGGUGUCCUGUAUUGGGCCAUGGCAUCCUGCAUAUGCAUGGGUUCAAACUUGGUGGGACUUCCUCACGCCUUGUGAUAGCGUCUGGAUUUACUAUGAUGGAUCUUAUCGCCCAAAUCAUGAACAAGGCUCUGCUUCUGCAGCAGCAGCGGCCUUUUUGCACAUCAAAGGGCAGUGGGUUUUUGCAGGUGCCAUUUCCACUAAACUUCCCUUUGUACAGGACUCUUACUCCUCGGAGCAUUUUGCCUCUGCUAUUGGACUCAAGCUUGCUUAUGACAUUCUGAAGAUACAUGAGUCUAUUGGAGUUGAGAUUCCGCCCAUCCAUUUCUGUUUUGAUUCUCUGACAGUUGGGCAUCAGACUAGUGGUUUGUGGAAUUGUUUCAAGCAUCCCAUCUUGGGGCAUGUCCUGCGUAAUAUCCACCGCCUGAUUGAAACCCGAUUUGGAGCCGAGAUCUCACACUGGCAUGUUCGAGGACAUUCAGGCCACGCAGGUAAUGAGCUUGUCGACUCAUUAGCCAAUGCUGCACAUGAGCUUGAUCCUACCCCGGAAGCUGCAUGGCUUCGCACGCUUAGCACAGCCAGCUUCCGUGAUGCGUCUGACUGGUUUUGGAUCUUGUUUGACACAUCUCUCAGUGAUCGGUGGGAGGGCCACUGUUUAUGCUUUCCCACGCCAAAUAGCCAUCCCACUGGGGAUGAAUUUCCUUUGAACAGGACCAUUGUUGCACCUGACACCACUCAACACGCAGUGCAAGUUCAGCUGCGACUGGCAACAUGCAAUGUCCUCUCAUUGUGUGGACAGCGUGAUGAACGUGAAUGUGGUAUCAAUGGCCCUGCCAGACAGCAGAUGAUCCUCCAACAAGCUGCCCAGGAAAAAAUCAACAUUUUUGCCCUGCAAGAGACACGCCUCCGUAAGUUGCAUCAACUUUAUUCGGAAGAUUACAUCCUUUUCCGACAUCCCGCAAAUGCACAGGGACAUUUUGGGAUAGUUGUUGGAUUUGCAAAGAAGCUCCCUUACGCGGUUGCCUCUGCAGGGACUGCCACACCUCAAACACCUCAUUUUUUCCGUGAUGCCGACUUCUCGCUCAUCUAUAGUGAUCCCAGAGUUUUGAUUGUUCGUGUUUCGACGGCUAUACUCAAGUGCAUUGUUGUAGCUGGUCACGCGCCACACACAGGCAGAAGUCUUUCGGAAAUCCAAGAAUGGUGGCAGGCACUGUCAGCCCAUGUUCCAUCGAAAUAUGCAGGGUGGCCGCUAGUACUCCUUGCGGAUGCCAAUGCCAGUGUAGGACAUGACAUCUCGGCACAUAUCAGCGAUUUCCAAGCUGGCCCUCAGGAGCAGAAAUCGGAACCGUUUGAGACCUUCAUCUGUGCCCACGAUCUCUGGCUGCCUUCCACCUUCCAAGAGUAUCAAACUGGCCCAGGUGUAACAUGGACACAUAGCUCAGGAUCGCAGAGACGCAUUGAUUUUGUCGGCCUGCCACGUAGCUGGAGUCUUUCUUCCUGCCGUGCUUGGGUCAGUGAAAUCAUUGAUCCUUCCAUCACGAAAUCAGAUCAUUUUGCAGCCUGUGUCGGUGUCACCUUCCAGACCACUUACAGUGAGAAGCCAGUUUUUCGACCACAGAAAAGCAUCGUGCUUGAGGAUGGAAAGUCACUUGAUCUUGCCGCCCUUGCGGCUGCACCUGAGGUACCGCUUGAGACCAAUGUGCACUCACAUGCUGCACACUUGCAAACCUGCUUGCUUGAUGCAUUGGGUUCCCAACAAGAACCACGAGCCCGCAGGCCAAACAAGAAGACAAUGUCCGACUCUACCUGGGUGCUAGUCCAAAGGAAACGACAUCAGAGAAGCCAACUAGCUCAGACACACAAGCUUCAGCGCAAAACCAGGCUAGAGUUGUGCUUCACAUUGUGGCGACAUCAGAAACAAGGUGUUGAUGAGGACAUCCGUGCUGAGUACGACCGUCUUCUCGCUUUGCAAGACAAACUGAUUGCACAAGCCCUUGAUGCCUUUAGAGCCCUGGGAAGGCAGGUCACGACGGCUCUACGAUGUGAUGAUGCACGUUUCUUCCAAUCGCUUGCGGCAGAGGGAGCCGAUUUGCUCAGCCCAUGGGAUGUCAAGCAGUUUUGGCAAGUGCUGAGGCGAUCCAUACCUCGCUUCAGGCAGCGCAGACAGCAUCUUUCCCCAGCGCGUAUUGAAGCCCUGGAGGACCAGAUCACACCGCAUCUCAGCCAACUUGAACUUGGCCAGCAAAUCUCCCCUGAAGAGUUGCUGCGUCAAUGCCAUUGCAGACAGGUUGAAGCCAUGCGUUUUUUAGAAGAUGCGACCAUCCCUGCCAUUGCGUUGCCUUCUUUGACAUGCUUUGAAGCUUCUGUUCGAGCCACGCAGCCUGGGAGAUCCACUGGGCUUGAUCCCUUGCCAUCUUGUCUUCAUCAUGACCAAGCACCAGUUAUUGCGAAGUUUUAUUAUGCCCUUCUCCUUAAGAUGCACUUAUGGUGUGUUGAACCUUUGCAGUUCAAAGGAGGCGUUAUGACACUUAUACCCAAGAAAGGAGACCUCAGCAAAGCCAUGAACUAUCGAGGUAUUUUGUUGUUAGCCUCCAUCGCCAAGCGAGCCCACAGCCUUAUGCGUGGAAAUCUCAUGAAGGUUCUCAGCCCUCAAAGAGCUGAGGGUCAACUGGGUGGCUUCGCCAAUCAGAUGGUCCAAUUUGGAUUUCACAGCGUUAUGACAUGGACUCACAUUCUUGAACAGCAUGGUGUCAGCACUGCAGUUUUCUAUUUAGAUCUGGCCAGCGCAUUUCAUCAUCUGGUUCGAGAGCUUGUCCUUGGAGUUGCCUGUGACAAAGACUUUGAAACCAUCAUCACGACUCUUCAGCAUGCAGGACACCCCAUCGAGGCAGGCCAUGCAGGCCAUGAACUCGUGAGUAUCCUAGAGCGGCUUGGGUGUGACCAACGUUUAUUGCGCCUCCUUAGGGAUGUGCAUACCGACACAUGGUUCACUGUCACGCAACAAGAAGUCAUCAGAACAACCAGAGGCACGCGCCCUGGAUCGCCAUUGGCCGAUGCAGUGUUUCAUGUUGUUAUGGCACAUAUCAUGACCUCAGUUCGAAACUGGCUCUUUCAAAUUGAUGAGUUUCAAGAGCUCCUCCAGCAAUGGGGCCUACCUACUCUUACUGUUGUUUGGGCAGAUGAUGUUGCCAUUCCUCUAGCCUCAGCAUCGGCAGUUGGACUUCUGCCGCUUGUGCGUGCUCUUGUUCGCUUUGUGGAUGAACAGUUUGCCAAGCAUGGAUUUACGGUCAAUUAUGAUCUCAACAAAACAAAUGUGGUUGUCAGUUUUCAGGGCCCUGAUGCACCCGCUUUGCGUCGGGAAUUUCUGUUGAUUGAUCGGCCAGGGAUGGAUUGUGAAGUUGGUUCCAACAAGCCUGUUUGGCUCCAUUUCAAGAAUACAUACAAGCAUUUGGGAUUUACCUAUGCGGCCUCCCAGACCUUAGAGGUUGAAAUUCGACAGCGUAUUGGGCAGGCGAAGAGUGCAAUGACCAUGUUGGGGAGGCCAAUUCUCACCAACCGCCAUUUGCCAGUCCAUGUGCGACUGCGACUCUUCAGGGUUUUUGUGGAAACAAGAAUGUUCUAUGGUUUAGGAACCUGGAGGACUCCACCGCUCAAGUUGCUUCACUUGCUGCGCUCCACUUAUGUCAGUCUUUUGAAGCGUGUUUUGCGUGUGGGCCACCAGGAGCAUCAUUCCAACAGCAGAAUUUUCCAGCUUGCUGACACCAUGGACAUUCGACAUCUACUGGCCAUUGACAGAUUACGUUAUGCCCGGAAACUUUUUCGUGACGGGCCUGAUUUUCUGCAGCGACUUGUCCAUCUUGAGCACACACACACCAUGGAUUCGUGGAUGCAUGGACUGCAAGAGGACAUUCGGUGGCUUGAAAAGUUAGCGCCCAACCGCUUUCCCUCUCCCCAAGGGCAAGAUCUCACUGCCCUUAUUGAUUUUUGGCAACAUCCCAAAUCGCCUUGGAAGAGAACCUUGCGGUUUGCUUUGAUGACUGCCAAAGCCCAGGAAUACAUGAUGACGGAUUUGCAGCAGCUUCAUAGCCGCUUCUUUGAGAUCUUGCGGGGAGGAGGGGCUGAGUUCAACCCUGAAGUCGACAUUCUCUCCCCACCAUCAAGAGGUGAAAUCCAUAGCUGUGCAUGUGGGCGACAAUUUGCUACGCCACAGGGGCUUGCGUUGCACAGAGUGAAAGCGCACAAGAUUUAUGCACCUGAACAUCACAUGACAAGCGGAGCCACCUGUGCUCACUGCCUCCGCUUCUUUUGGACGAGUGCAAGGCUUCAGCAGCACCUCUCCUAUAUGCCUCGAGGAGGUGGAGUGAAUCGAUGCUUUCAAGCCUUGCGUGAUGCAGGACAUCAAGGUGAUUAUCAGGUUCAACGGCUCACGCCUGCUUUGAAAGGCACCAUCCGCUUUGAUGCUUUGCAGGCCGCGGGACCUCAACAAUCAUUGCGCCCUUGGCGUGAGGAGCAGAUCCAGAUAUUGCGUUUGGAAAUAGAAGAGCUUGAGGCAGAGCUUGCCAUUCCAGCCAGGCCAGACAACCAUUUGCAAGCCGGCCAAGAUUUGGCGGACAGAUUGACCACUUGCACUAGGAUCUGGAUUGACAAAUACCGUGGUAGAAGCAGAGCUGAAGUGCCUACGGCUGAUUUAGGUGAUUGGUGGAUGCGUCUUCUCUUCACCUUUGACGCACAGUUUGAAGCAUGGACAGAACUGGUGUUUCUUUCAUGGGGGCAACACAUCCUUCCUGAGCUUCUUGCACAGACGUUGGAUGGUGAGGUGGAGUUCGCAAUUGAGGAGGCAUAUUAUGAGCUCUAUAAGGUCUUGCCUCGCAUUGAGGGAUUAGACCGCAUUGCCUUCAAACGCCAACAGAUCCAGCAGCUUGAGCAGGAGGCCGUGACCCCCGCGCAACCGCAUCGACCAAGACGACUGGGCACUGCCAAUCCUGGUGAGCGUCAGCGCACCAUACAGGUUGUCCCUUCGGCUUUCGAGACACAGGAGGAGUGGCUACGAGGCCUUCGUCUGGUCAAGUGGGCUACCCUGCCGGUUGACCGGCACACGCCAAUUUAUCAGAUGCUGCAAGGAGAUGUUCACUGCUGCAUUGACGAGUGGGCCAAACGCAGGAAUAUCACUGUCACGAUCCUUUCCAUGGAUACGGCUGUAUCGGUGACGUAUGGCAAUUUGGCGGUUCAAGCGGCAUCUUGGACGAAGCUGGUGGAUUGUUAUGAACGUGGAUGGGUAUCGGCCACUCUGGCCGGUACCCCCUGUGAGACCUUUAGUGAGGCGAGGUUUCAAGAACUACCACCAGGAGAUGAGGGCCCUCGCAAGGCGCCACGGCCCCUACGCUCUUUUGAGCGAUUGUUGGGGCUCAUGGGACUUUCGCUCCGUGAACUGGCUCAGCUGAAUGUGGGAACACAGUUUUUUAUGCAAGGGCUCCUUCUGCUUGCGUAUCAGACUGUUCAGGGCGGCAGCUUCAUCAGCGAGCAUCCCGCGACUCCCAAAGACGCCUCUCGACCAUCGAUCUGGACUUCACCGUGGCUUCAAUUGAUGCAGAACCACCCUGAGGUACAGCUGCACACGAUUCCGCAAUGGCCUUUCGGUUCUUCGGUGCCGAAACCAACAGGACUUCUGGCGCUCAGGCUACCAAGGUUUCUUGCCUCAAUCUUCAAGCAUGCCGACCCAGAUGCCAGGCGCCCGACUGCUGUAGCAAUUGGGCGAGAUGCUGCUGGCGGCUUUUGCACCAGCAAGCACAAGGAGUAUCCGCCCCGAUUUUGCGCCGCCUUAGCGCAGGCGAUUACAGACCAGCUCGACUCAUGCAUGGUUUUGGGACAUCUUCGACAGGUGCCCUGCACAGAUGAAUGUACAGCGCUUCAUCGCUGGUUAGUUGAGGCCAAAGAGGAGUUUCACUGGCCAAGCACUUGCGAAGACGGCAACCGCACCAUGACGCCGUUGGAGGUCAGUGGACCGAGAUCCGGACCCUUUCGAGACCAUUUCCAGCUGCUGCAAUAUGGUGCAUUGCCAUUGACCCUGGGGCUCUACGAGUCGCCCACCUUCAACGAGUUCCAGGGCGUCUGGAGCUACGAACGCCGCGCCCGUGGCGAUGUGGCCUACGAAGGCCAGUGGUGGGGCAUCAAGUAUCCCAAGAGCGUUUGGGUACAGAGUUGGGAGAGGACGCUGCAAUUGCUGGCAAAGGAUGAUGGCCAGCCCUGUGUGGAUGAGCCCUUCUUGGCACCGGACCUUGCAAGGCCCGUGGCCAUUCUCCAGGCUUGGCGUCAGCACAGCUGCCUGGAAAAGGCCGCCCUGAAGCGCGCCAAGACCAGGUGCUUGGUCUUCAUGGCUUUGGUGAACUCCCUGCACCUGGGAAAGCACUGGGAGGAUCACUUGCACUUCUUCCGACACUUUCGCUUCGUUCCUGAGGUGUGGCGUGCUGCUGCCAGGAUAGAAGCACAAGGAGGCGAGAGGGCAAAGUCCCUUCGCAGACCCUUUUUGGCGAUCCAUUUGCGACCUUAUCUCUUUCGAGCAGAAGGCCUCAACGAGACCAGCAUCCAACAGAUCUUCCUGCAGGAAGUGCAACACGUCUUCCGCCGUCUCAGGAGGAGGUGGGGUGUGGUGCCCGACACCUUCCUAGCGUCCGAGAGCAUGCAGGAGAACAACACCCUGCGGGUCUUGCAGCUCCUGACCGACUUGGGCGCGGAAGUGGUGACUUCGGAGGACACCAAACCACUCCCCGGAGGGCCCAGUGCGGGGCAUGUGGCGAUCGAUGCCUUGAUUUGCACCUUGGCGGACCAUUUCCUUGGGACGUCUUCGUCUUCGUUGUCCGCGAUGAUUGCCUCGACACGCUUUGCUCAGCGAGAAGGUCAUGCUGAAGUGAGCUUCAUCCCCCGCGAACGGGCAGAUCUCAAGGAUUUGGAAGAAUACCAGCUGGGGGUUUUCCCCUUAUCGUCGUCGAUGCCCUCGAAGAAGGACUUGUCAAAGUUCUUCCUGAACCUGGAGGCACAUGUUGCUUCCAGCAGCAGUCGAAAUCGUUUCUAUUGCAGCGCCGAAGCCUUGCAAGAAGGCCGGGAAGGUGCGGACAGCGACAAAGGUGGCAUGCCGCUGGUGAACACCAUCCUCCCCUUUGGUGAGCAAAGGAGCAACUCCUUGCCCGUCUCGAGGGAACGUUGCGAACGCCGGAUUGCUGGCCCAUCUGCAGCUGUUGAUAGGCUUACAGAAUGCCAGCCUUGGUCGCAGGGCAUCAGGGUUUCCGGUUGUCUCUUCAGAGGAAUUGUAUCUGGAGAAGGUUCGCUUCGUCUUCAAACUCUGGCAGUUGCUGUCCAUUGGCUCCUGGAGCACGUCUUCGUGGUCGGCACCGGGCAUUCACAACGGCGUGCGGCAGAUGUUGAAACUCCUGGCUGGACCAGAGGAGAGAAGGGCAGCACCUGA